UUUUGAAGGACAAGGAACACAAAAAGGAUUAUAGACUAUCAUAGAGAUGCCAAAAAUACUAGACAGAUAAAAAAAAAAAAUUAUGAAUGAUUGGAGAGAAAUAAAUUAAUAAAAAAAGAGAUACUUUUAGAGAGAGAGAGAGAGUGAAUUAUGAGUCAUUGAAAAGAAAAGAGAGGCAAGUGGGUGAGAGGGAGAGAGAGAGAGAGAGAGAGAGAGAGAGAGAGGUAUUAAGGGUGGGGUGUGAUGCUUUCAGCUAAGCUUCGCUGAAAACUGGCCUCGUCUAUGCUGUAUUGGGCAGUUAGGAUACAACAAGAUCUUCCAACAUCUCUCUUCCUUCUUUACUACCUUUUUGCAGCAACAAUUACACCACCAAUUACACACACACAUAACCCCAUCUCUCUCUCUCUCUCUCUCUCUCUCUCUGUCGUAGGUUUUUUUUUUCUUUUUCUUUUUUCUUCUUUCAGACACCCUCUUCGAGCUUUGAGUUUUUCUUUGUUUCCCAUUAUUUUAUUCACAAAGGGAGAGCAACUUAUUUUUGCGGCUCUAACCCACUUUUGAAUUCUGGUUUCUUUGAUUUGAGUUAACAAUCAGAGAAAUUUUUUUUUUGGGUUUACCCUUCUGGGUGUUUCUUUUAUUAUUAUUUUUCUUUGAGGAAAAAAAAUCGAAUUAAAAAAAGCAGACAAGGUAGAGAGAGAGAGAGAGAGAGAGAGCGGAAAAAAAAUGUGGGAUCUCAAUGACUCUCCUGAUCAGAGGAGAGACGAAGAAUCCGAAGAAGGGUGUUCAUCCCAGAAGACUUCAAUAGAUGGAGACGAUGAGAAAGGAAAACGGGUCGGAUCGGUUUCGAAUUCGAGCUCUUCGGCUGUUGUAAUCGAAGACGGAUCGGACGAAGAAGAGGACGGAGGAAGAGUUGGAGGAGGCGGCAGAAUCAAGAAGAGAGGAAGUAAUAGCAACAACAGCACCAACAACAACAACAACAACAGCAGCAGCAGUGGCAAAAUAUUCGGGUUCUCCGUGACCCACGACGAUUCCAUGGAUAGUGAUCCGCCGCCCGUGACCCGGCAGUUUUUUCCGGUCGAUGAUUCAGAAAUGGGCACCGCAUCUGGUGGUGGUGGAGCGGUGAGUGGAGGUGGUGGUUCAUUUCCUCGAGCUCACUGGGUGGGGGUGAAAUUCUGCCAGUCGGAUCCUCUGGGAACCGGAAAGUCGUCGGUGGAAGUUUCGCAGCCGAUGAAGAAAAGCCGGCGAGGACCGAGGUCAAGAAGCUCGCAGUAUAGAGGAGUAACAUUUUACCGGAGGACUGGUCGCUGGGAAUCCCAUAUAUGGGAUUGCGGAAAACAAGUUUAUCUAGGUGGAUUUGACACUGCACAUGCAGCUGCUCGUGCAUAUGAUAGAGCUGCGAUCAAAUUCCGGGGAGUGGAGGCUGACAUAAAUUUUAGCCUCGAAGAUUAUGAAGAAGACUUGAAACAGAUGAGCAAUCUAACCAAAGAAGAAUUUGUGCAUGUACUUCGCCGACAAAGCACAGGAUUCCCUAGAGGAAGCUCUAAAUAUAGAGGUGUUACCUUGCACAAGUGUGGAAGAUGGGAAGCUCGAAUGGGCCAAUUUUUAGGCAAAAAGUACGUGUACUUGGGCUUGUUUGAUACCGAGAUUGAAGCUGCAAGGGCUUAUGACAAAGCAGCAAUCAAAUGUAAUGGCAAAGAGGCUGUCACAAAUUUUGAUCCCAGCAUCUAUGAGAAUGAGCUUAACACGACGACAGAACCAUCAAGUAAUGCUGCGGAUCACAAUCUUGAUUUAAGUCUAGGCAAUUCGAGCUCCAAGCAAAAUAACAAUGUCAGUAAUCCUAUUGGGAUUAUUAAUCAUACCCAGAAUACAGCAAUGGGUCAGCAAUCUGGCUCGAUGCCAUUUGAAACAGAUUGGAGGAAUCAGCAGGGAUACAGACCUAAGGUAAAUCUGCAGCGGGAGCAGUGUGGAGGAGAUGGUGAUGGAAUUAGAAGAGAUGGGUACAUGGAAAGCGAAACCAUGCAGCUUCUGAGCCGAACCCAUAUUCAAUCUCCGGCUGCUGUUAUUGAAAUGCAUAGAUAUGGUGGGCAAUUUAGGAGACCAGGAGAGACCCUUAUGCCUCGUACUUUCCAAGCACAGCCAAAUUACCAUAUUCAAUUGCCUAGCAGCAGUAAUGGGGGUCGCAUUGGGAGUGAUCUUUCACUGUCUGUAAAUGAUCAACAACAAUGGCAAUCAGGUUCUUCCCAAAUAUUUGCAACUGCUGCAGCAUCAUCAGGAUUCCCACCGCAGAUUAGAACCACACCCAAUUGGCUGCAGAAAAAUGGGUUUCAUUCUCUUGCGAGACCCUCUUGAUUUUUGUCUCUAAGUUCUUUUUCUGCCUUAGCCACCCCCAUCCAUUUAAUCUUGUCUUCAGAUCCAAAUUAAUCUCCAUGCCUCUCUAUUUUGUAAGCAUGUAAAGAUGAAAGGCUCUUUCUUUUGAGACUUCUUUUUCUCCUUUCCUUUUAACUGUUCUUAGCUUCUUACCCUCUGGGAAAAUGUUGGUCAACCGAUCAAACUAACAUAUGGAUAAAAUCUUUCAACUAGAUAUUCUGAGUUCUGACUAAAAAAAUCGCCGAUCUCUUCUAUAAGAAAUCUUUGAAAAAUGGUCGCUUUGCAGCCUUUUAGUAUUAACUACUGUACCUGUUUUGUAGUGUUAUUUGUUUUGGUUAUUAUUUUACCAUCUACAUACGCUGUUACGCCGCUUAUAUUUGGUACCCUUUUGUAAACUAAUAUAUUUCGAAUCGGGCUUUUUCUAUUUUAUGUUA